CAUUGUGAGGAGGGUAACCUUUACACUCUUUGGUGCUUGGCCUGUCUGCACGACGACCGUUUACUGAGCUGUAAGAAAAAUACAGAAGUACAUCUGUAGAAACAGACUCUCAACUCUGGCGAAGAAGAGCACGUUUUUGCAGAAGGAAAUAAAGAAGGAGACCACCUUACAAAGGAGUCAUGAAGUUGUCGCAGACGCCAAGUUGCUGAAAGAAAAAUCGCCCAAACCAUCGGAACAGACCGAAGAUGGCACGGAGGUCAUCCCUGUCGAGCCUCCACCUGAUCUUUUUAAAGACCUCAGAUAUGACGAGGCGCUGGCCAUCAGGAAGAUCCCAACGCUGCACGUCUGGGACCCAGUCGUAUCCGUGCUGGUCAAACAUCACUUAGCUUACCAGCCACCGGUAGAGGUGCCCAAACCGUUCACCUUGGGGCUGCAACUCCCCGUGGAUGAGAAGAAGCAGCCAUUGGAACUCUACAAACCCUUCAGUCGAUUCACGAGAGGCAAAGUGGAGACACUCAAGGUGCAACAGCCUUGGUGUCAAAAUGCCACACUUCGCAGGCAAUUGUCAAAGCAGGAGCACGCCCUCCAAGCCUGGGAGAAUAGCUUGGAAUCAUCAGCCAGGAAAACGGCCUGGAUAUCCAAGGAGAUUGGCCGACCUGCAGGCAAGCUGCUGCUGAGCAUACCGCUGCAUCUACCGCCAACAGAAAACCAUCGGGGCAUGUCGCACGGACCAGAACAUGACUUUCCCAAGCUCAAACACCAGGAGAGGUUCUAUCAUUCAGACGCCUUCUUCUGGAUGCCACGUAGGGUCGGGUCCGCCGAGUUUGCCAUCGACUCAACUCCCACGUGGACGGAAAGAAAGUUCUACAAGCCGCCGUUGACUAUCGCACGGCCGCAUCUCGAUGACAUGCUGCCCACCAGCUUAAGGAACGAGAGGAGGUAUCAGGAUCAGGAAAGAGUCCGAGAGCAUCUCGAGAAAAUUGCCGUCAAAGGUGCAGCAGUGCAGCUUCACUGGCCAUCGUCAGUCGUUCUUUCACCUCACGACGACUACGGCAAAAGAAAGUUCUUGAGAAGGUUAACUUUUCUCCAUAGGGUGCCAUCAGACCCCGUCCACAGCAAAGCCUGUUUGAUGGUGGCGGGCAAGAUGUACUACUGGGGUGAGCCGUGCCCACAGGACCUCGUGGAGGUUGGCUUUGUUUGCCGGACGGGAGAGCGGGCGGACAACGAAAUCCGGCUGGCCAACAUGGGCAGCACCGUCAUCCGGUGUGUCUGGUGCAAAGAUGUUCACUCGAACCACUUCAACAAGGGGCACUACUUUAACAAGCACUUCAUUUUCGAUUCCUCGGACCGUAUUCUCUUGCCGCUGGACCAGGUGACAUUGAAGGUGCAGUUCCACGCUAACUACCCCGGUUUCUGGCGGGAAGUCUGGCACCUGAAGACGAAGCCAGCGUUGGGGCCUGACGGAAGCAGUAAUAUCCCCAUCAGUAUGUGGGCAAGAGCCCUGGUCUCUGACGAUAACGACCGUCGAUGCAGGGAGCUGGAAGAACAGCUGGACGUUCUUGUCGCCAAUCGAAUCGCCGCCAACAUCAAUGAUCAGCUACUGAGGAACCUGCCAUAUCGUGAUUACAAAGCCAUCCUCUGUGAGCGCUUCCCUGUGACCGAGGACAUGUUCGUGGUGGACGACGUGGAGCUGUUCGAAAAGGCCAACCCCAGCCUCUCCUACCAUGGCCACGCAAUGUUCACCAUUGUGAAAGUCUUCAGGAAGGUACGGGAGUUAAGGCGCCCCACGAUUGCGAUCGACCUGGUGGACGACUUAAAACAAUUUUUACUAAAGACGCAGCCAACAAGUCCUCAUAAAACAGAAGAAUCCAACGAGAGAGAAAAAAUGCAGGGAUCCCCUUUUUCAAACGCGACGAGUAUAUCUGCAGACGCGGUCAAUGUAAGCUGCCACAUAGAAGAAACAGAUGCCAGAAGACUCAAGCUGUCAAAGAAAGGUGAACUCAAGAAUGAUGUGAUCGAUGUUCAAAUGCCGUCGAGGAAAAUCAACGGAUCGAGAAAGACCGAGGUAGACGAGCUGCUAGAGGGAAAUCCUGCCGACCAAGACCCAUUGGAGCGAAGAACCAUCACCGUCAAGGGCCUUCACAAAAUGAUAGCGGGUCUUGACGAAAGGAUGGAAGAAAAGGGCAGAAUGCUUAUGGAGUUGAACGAGGCGGUGAGUGACAUGAGCUUUCAUCGAGAUCAACCGAAUGUGCAUAAUUUCAAGCACAUCGUUUGCCGGACUGCGCUGUGCCAGGCUGCAGACGACGUGGCUGGCAUCGCGCAGCGGCUGCGGCACGACAUGCGUCUCAAUCUGCGUCCGGAAAGCGGCAGAGGCUUCAAGAUAGUGACGGCAGGUCAUCCCACCAGCAAAGGGGAGAAACUGUACGGGCCAAAUCAGAAAGAAGAAACGCGUCAUCCACCUAUGUCGACCCCGCAAACAGUGUCGACCGUUAGGGCCAAGCAUUUCACGUGGACGUCUGAGCCCAUAUCAUCAUUGAUCAGCGAGGACCAAAACAGGAAGUCCAUAAGUGACGAGACUGACGACAUUACUCUUAUGACCAGCACUCGCGAAAUCGAGCGGACAAAGAGCGUGGUCACCGGCUCGCACGAGAUGUACCGGAAAGUGCUGUACGAGCUGGUAUACGAGCGUGUUGAGCGCCUUCUGCUAGACCUGCUGCCCCUGAUGACGUGUGAUCAGCCACAGCUGAACCCGCUCAAGCCCAGGCCAGAGCUGUGACGUGCGUUAGUUUUGUCUACGCUGGAAUGCUUUGAACCGUUGACUAUCAGAAGUUGAUGUGAAGUCGCAAUAGACUAACGUCGGACCUGAUAGGAACUUCGCUAACAGUAAAGAAUAGAGAUCGGUUUAAGAUAAAGAACAGGAAAGAUGGAUGAGAAAGAGAGAAGGGAGAUAAAGAGAUUGAAACAUCCUAAAU